CGGGCGACGCCAGGUACAUCCUUCAAUCGUUUUUUCACUUCUCAAAUGAGCGAGAGAAAUAAAGAAAUAAAACCGUCGCUUUGGGUAGCGCUUUGGUGAUAACACAAAAUCGCGGUUUAGAAAUCUCUUUUCUACUUUUUAGCUCAAAGCAGUCCCGCCAGAGCUAAGAGUCCUCCUGCCUUCUCUGUUUCAGCUAAAGAGACGUAGAAAAUGGUGUCUUGGGCCACGGCAACCUUUUCGUCGAAUCAACUUGUUCCACUUUCUGCUGUUGUUACUGCUGCAGCUGCUCCUUGUUCCAGCUGCAGAGCCAAUUUCUUGAAAGUAUGUAGUCCAAGAAGAGGAAGGUUUUAUUUGUUUGUUCCUGAGAACCACUCAAGACUGAGGACUUUUGUGGUUGAGUCAAACCGAGUUUCUACAUUACAAACUCGACCGGGUACUUGGGAAGAUCCUGAUGACGGCAGUGGUAGUGAUUAUGACGAAGAAGAUGAGGAAGUGGAAGAAAAUGACUUGGAUUAUGAGAGUGACUGGGAGGAAGAAAGAGAUGCUUCAGCUACAACUAGUGUUGAUAACCCCACAACAAAUAAGUAUGAGGAGGAUCUUGUCAAAGAGGUUGAACAGCUUUUGGGCCCAGAAGAAAGAGCAAUUUUGCAACAGAAUGUGACACCUAACCUGGGAAAAAUCUCAUCUGCAAAAUGGAGCCCACUCCAUACUCUUGCGCUAUCAGGGCAAAUAUCUUUCAUGGAUAAGCUACUAGAAAAUGGGCUCGGUAUUGAUAUUCUUGAUCAGGAUGGUCUCACUGCUCUCCAUCAGGCAAUUAUAGGCAAAAAGGAGGCUGUAAUAAGUCAUCUUCUAAGAAAAGGUGCAAGCCCUCAUGUCAAAGACCGGGAUGGUGCUACUCCACUUCAUUAUGCGGUUCAAGUUGGUGCCAUGCAAACUGUGAAGUUAUUGAUAAAAUACAAGGUUGAUGUAAAUGCUGCAGAUAAUGAGGGGUGGACUCCAUUACACAUUGCCAUCCAAAGCAGAAAUCGAUAUAUUGCAAAAAUUUUGUUAGUCAAUGGCGCAGAUACACACAGAAGAAAUAAGGAUGGAAGAACACCCCUGGAUCUGAGUCUGUGUUAUGGUAAAGACUUCAAAUCAUAUGAUCUCGCCAUGUUACUGAAGGUAGUGUCUGCUAACAGAGAUCUUUGAUGGAGACUGGGAAUACCACAAUGUUGAGAUAGAAUCUUCUGUUGCAAGAAUGUUUCUAGCAGUUGCUGCUAUAAUCUUCUCAAUGGUCGUGCAUUCUGUGGUUGUGUGAGACUAUAGUGAAGUUUCUUGACAGGCUAAUUUGUAUCGACUUCCUCACAUAUCAUGGUUAUCAUGGCUUCUUUCUUCGCUAGUAAAUGUUAACAGGAUUCUUACAGGAUGACAAUGUAUACAUUAUGUAUGUCUAGUUUACCCAAAAGCACUUCAGUGACCUGCAGACCUUAUGGAGACACGAAGAUUUGUGUAAAAGGAUGCAACCAAUGGAGAAAGUUGGAAGGACUGUUCCUGCAGCCAAAUGGUGUGGGAUAGUGUAUCUGUUUAUUUUUUUUACAUGUAUGUAGGACUGCUGCUACGGGAUGGAUUUAAUCUUUUGUUCCUUGUAUAAAUGUCUAUCAAGGAAUGCUAUGGCCUAUGGGCUUUUCCUGGGUGUCCCUCACCCCCCAAAAGAAAAAAAAGAAUCAGUUCGUUCUUUGCUUAAUUAUUUCUUGCUAUGUGGAUUUGGUUAAUUUUCACAUUCUAUUCCUCUGGGUUUUUU